AAUCAAGACACACACAGCGUGAAGACGUUUGAGCCAUUAGCGUUCUUGUACUAGUAGUAGUAAUCCUAGUCAAACCCAGUUGAGUUUAAAGUAAAACCCUACCGUGGGAGUAAAGGGUUUUGCUUUGUAUACAUUCCUCUCUUCUUAACACUCACCUCAAGUCCUCAACUACAAACAAUUUCUACACGCACACUCUCAUUUCAACCCAUGCCUUCUUCAAAGCAUAGCAGUAGCAGCAGUAAGAAGCAAUCAUCAAAAUCCAAAUCAAGGUUACAAUCGUCAAUUCCAGAUGCCGCCUCCACUCCACCACGCACCACCACCAUUCAACUCGACUCUCUCCUCCAACAUGCUUCUCGAAUCUUCCCUUCUUUCAUUUCACAUUCAGCUCUCGUUGCUGAAAUUACCGACGUUGAAUCCGCCGAUUCUCUUUCCAAAGGCGCCGCCAAAAUUUGGCUCUCUGAAUCUUCCAUGGUUGCAUCUUCUCUUGCUCCCGGUUCACUUGUCUCUGUUUCUAUUCCUUCUUCAAGUAAAGGAAUUGCGGAAUCGCAUAAUUUUCCUCUUACUUCAUUGACUAAUGGAUUGGAAACUUCUAAGACAUUGGAUGAUGAUGUUGCAGGAAAUUACUUUGCUAUUGCAACGGUUUUUCCUUCUAACAAGGUAUUGAAGGAUGGAGUGCGCCUCUCUUUGAAUCUUUUCUUUGCCAUGGGACGUCCUCCUUUAGGCACAUGUGUGUUUGUUCACCCAGUACAUAAACAAUCCUUGAUAUAUAAUUGCAAAGAAAUAUAUCUUCAGCUGGCUACUUGUAAGAGUGGAACACCAUUAAAAGUUAAUAAUUCCCCCUCAUUGGACUUGUCUAAGUCAAAAUCUCGUGUCCAAACUGAGAAUGAUAUUGUUGCAUCUCCUAAAACACCUUCUUAUGGAUCAAGGUUUUCUAAUGACAGUGUGUAUUCUUCCCCUGUAUAUGAAGAUUCAGCAUCAAGUGUAACUGAUAAUAAUGGUCAAUCGGUGACUUCAUUUGAUGUUAGCAAGGCAUUAGGAAAUGAAAGUUCCAAAAAAUUACUAGAAACAUGCGCGACUGGAUUGUUAUACUCUCGUUGUUUAUUGCUGGGGAAUCUUGUCACUGUCCAAAUGUUGUCUGAGUUUUUCAUUUUCCGAGUGAUGGACAUUAAAAAGGUGUCAACUACCAUAUAUGACUAUUCAUUGAAUGGGAGCAGUAAUUUAAAUCUUAAGGAUUCUGAAAUGGCGGUAGAGAAUGUGAAUCUGGCUUUCACUGUCAAUUGGGAAACAAAAGUAUUUUUAUCUUUGCCGUCUAAUGUAGCAUUUGAAGAGUCAAUUCAAAGGGACUUAUCGUGUCUGAAACUUGAUAAUAUUUCUAAAUUAGGUGGUCUAUCUAAAGAAGAAAUUCUUUUGAAGCGCAUAAUUUCUUUUUCAUUGAAUGAUAUUUUAUCAAGAUUUGGUCAGCAGAAUACCAGAGGGGUCCUUCUUCAUGGUCCACCUGGUACGGGAAAGACUUCCCUGGCUCAAUUAUGUGCCCAUGAUGCUGGGGUCAACUUUUUCUCAAUAAACGGACCUGAAAUUGUUACCGAGAAUUAUGGGGAAAGUGAGAAAGCAUUGCAAGAAGUUUUUGAUUCUGCCAUUCAAGCUGCACCUGCCGUGUUAUUUAUUGAUAAAAUAGAUGCAAUUGCCCCUCCAAGGAAAGAUGGGGGUGAAGAGCUAUCUAAAAGAUUGGUUGUAACCUUAUUGGGUCUGAUGGAUGGAAUUAGAAGAAAUGAAGGGUUGGUUGUGAUUGCUGCUACUAAUAGGCUUGACCGUAUUGAUCCAGCUCUCAGACGACCUGGAAGAUUUGACAAGGAAGUUGAAAUUGGUGUGCCAUCACAAGUGGAACGGGGAGAUAUCUUGCGCGCUAUUCUCGGUGAAAUAGAUCACUCUCUUUCUGAGACACAAAUUGAAGAGCUUGCCUCAAUAACUCAUGGAUUUGUAGGUGCUGAUUUAGUUGGCCUUCGCAACUGGGCAGCUUUAAUUUGUCUACGACGUUAUGCUGAACAGAAACUUAAGAAGACUUGCAAUGCUAGUUCUGAUGACAUAACAAAGCAACCCACCCCAUUGAAAAGUGCAACAAACUCGAAAGACCAUUCAGGUAUUAUAACUUCAUCUGUUUCAGAUAUGUCGGUGGCCUCCAGUCUUUUAUUACCUUCCUUCCUGAUGGGAGAAACUUCUGAAAUUAUAGAUGAGACGCCUGAUCAUGGUGAAGAAGAGCAUAUUUUGAAAGUGACUUUUGAGGAUUUUCAGAAGGCUAGGCCUGAAAUAAGACCUAGUGCCAUGAGAGAGGUGACCCUUGAGGUUCCAAAGGUUAAUUGGGAAGAUAUCGGCGGCCAGAAGGAGGUCAAAAAUCAAUUGUUGGAAGCAGUAGUAUGGCCCCAAAAGCACCGUGAUGCAUUCACCCGUAUUGGGACUGAUCCUCCAACAGCUGUAUUAAUGUUUGGACCUCCAGGUUGUAGCAAAACCCUCAUGGCACGUGCAGUUGCUUCUGAAGCAGGACUGAACUUUCUAGCAGUCAAGGGUCCUGAACUCUUCAGCAAAUGGGUUGGCGAGUCUGAGAAGGCCGUCAGAUCAUUGUUUGAUAAAGCAAGGGCAAAUGCCCCAGCAAUUAUAUUUUUCGAUGAAAUUGACAGUCUUGCUAUAACUCGUGGGAAAGAUGGCGACGGUGUUUCAGUGUCUGAUAGGGUCAUGGCUCAACUUCUUGUUCAAUUGGAUGGUGUGCUUAAAAGAGUUGAUGUUAUUGUCAUAGCUGCUACAAAUAGGCCAGACAAGAUUGACCCUGCUCUUUUAAGACAAGGACGCUUUGACCGUCUUCUAUAUGUUGGACCUCCAAAUGAGAUAGACAGAGAAGAGAUAUUUAGCAUUCAUUUGCGCAAAACUCCAUAUGAUUCUGAUGUUAGCAUGAAAGAACUGGCUCAACUGACAGAUGGUUAUACUGGGGCUGAUAUAGCACAUAUAUGUCGACAAGCAGCUCUUGCAGCAUUGGAGGAAAGCUUUGAUGCUUCCGUUGUAACAAUGAAGCACUUUAAGAUGGCAAUCAAACAGGUUCAGCCCUCAGAAUUUCAGUCCUACCAAAAGCUGUCAGCAAAAUUUCAAAGGGCCGUGUUCUCUGAUGCGAUAUAAAUGGUUAACUUAAUCACAUGCACUUACAACACAUUUGGAAGUCCAUAAAACCUCGCAAAUUGUUUCUCCAUGACUCUAUCAGAUUCAAGCGGUCAUUUUCUGUUUGAGGACUGAGCUUGAAGUGGCUAACCAGUGUAUAGAGACGGGAGAAUGGCGAAUUUGUGUUUUUAGAAGAGAGAAUGGUGACUUUGAGUGCAUAGAGGAGAGAGAAUAAUGAGUAUUAUGAAAUGACAAGAUGAUUAAGUAGGGUGAGUAAAGAUAGAUAGAGAGAUAAAGGUAGGCGACUUUAGCUCCCUAAAGUUAAGAGAGUUUCUCGCAGGGAGAUUUCGACCAUAUUCAGUUUUGGUUCCUUUUCUUAUGGCAAUUGGGAGGUCUAGGUUAUAUUUAGAUUUUUCGCCUUUUUUUUUUUCACCAUGUAAAAUUAUCUCAUAAAGCUGAAGAAUCAUGAUUUAUUAUUUUAUUUGAAUGAGCUGCGUUGCACAUUUAUGUC